AUUGACAGGAGGGCGUGACAGGAGAGUGGAAAGGGGCGUGGGUGAUGCUGAUCAGAAGAGUGCUGGUGUACUACACCACAAGAGACCCUGACGUCUGCACGGUGGACUUGAGAAAGACCAGAUGCGUCGUCUCACAAGAUGCAGACGACGAGACGAAACAGAUCUGCCCCAACGACGGCAGCGGGAGCUUACUGCUGGACUGCCCUCACGCUACUUUGUAUCUACGUUUUCCACAUGAAAGGGAAUUAAAGGGUUGGCGGUAUAUGAUAAAGCUUGCCGCCUACAACAAUGGUGCGCAGAUACACCACCAGCAGCUGACAAAAGAGGACGUGCCCACUGUUGUGGACAAAUGCAUCAGCUUCAUAUACGCUCACGGUAGUUUAUCUGAAGGCAUAUACAGACGAGCGGGCAGUAGCUCCGUACUAUCGGAGUUACUAGCCAGAUUCCGUCGCGACGCGUGGUCGGUCCAGCUCAGCCCCAGCCAGCAUUCGGAGCACGACGUGGCCGGAGUGCUCAAGAGGUUCUUCAGAGAUUUACCCGAAUCUCUGGUACCGCAGGAAAAGCAUAACGCCCUUACCACUGCUUUGGAAAUCAAAGAGUCUUAUGCGCGUCACGCUGAAUACCGGCGUAUUAUUUCGUCUUUACCACUAGUGGCGCGGAACACAGCGCGCAAACUGUUCGCGCACCUCCACUUCUUGACUACGAUGUCGCACGCGAACAAAAUGAGCGCAGAAAACUUGGCUUCCGUGUGGGCGCCGACGAUUAUGCCCGCUGCAUUGACUAGCAACACCUUACAGACUGCAUGGUCUGCCAAAGAGGUUUUCGUUGUACGCGAUCUGAUAUCCAACUUUGAAGCGGUUUGGGAACCCACUGAUUCUGAGAAGCGACGUGAGGCGGCGGUGAGACGAGUAUUGAUGACGGUGUUAGGGAAUGCUGUCACUACGCCAAAGAAAGCAGCGGGCGAUCUGAAAGCGUGGAUUUAUGUCAAAGACAGGAAUAAUUGCCAUCAAGUCACGUUAACGCCAAACAAAACUAGCUCCGACAUAUGCAUAGAAUUGUGCGAAAAAGCGAAAACAGAAUCUCACCUCUUGAUGUUAGAAGAGGUUAUUUGCAACGACUCCAUGCGUCGAAUAGUGCACAUCGACGAAAUAGUACUCGACGUGGUUCUCAGAUGGGGAUAUUGGGACGAGGAGGACAGGAAAGACAACUAUUUGGUUGUCACCGAUAAUAAUAUGUUGACCGAGAUUGAGUCCCUGAGGAACUCCGUUUCGAUGGUAUGCGGGGAGCUGAAGUUGGCCACGGAAUCGUCGAAGGCUUUCAAGUCGCACAUGUUCGAAUGUCACAACGGCGUGCUGUGCUGUUUCAAAGAUAAACAGGGUUCGCAUAAGCUAGAAGAGUGGAAUGUAAAGGAAAUCCUAUGGUAUAUAGGCCACGAGCCGAAACGCAAUCCUCAAACGAGGUGGGCUAUCACAAUCAUACCACGGAACAAGAAACUGAAAAGGAGCAGAGAUCGGCCUUGGUUUGGGAGCACCAUAGCUGGGUCCGUUUCAGAGGAUCAGUUGAAAUGGACGACGGCGCUAGUUUUCGGUGAGCAUGCCAACGUGCUACCAACGCCUAGACUCGUGAUCACUUGAACAAUAACAAUUAAAACAUCCUUAAUAAAGUUUUGUGUCGUGCCUUUUUUAACAACUUAAAAUCAACCAAUCCAUGGCACUCUUUUCCGAUUUUUGGCAGUUUUGAGAUAAGCCGAAAAAACAAGGAAACGAUUAACAAUAGAUUAUCGCAAUUUUCAAAUUUUAAACCAUACUAACCUCGGAAGAGUGCCAAUGAUUGGGUGGUUUCCCCAUUCGGUAAAUUUGUAUGUUUACCCUAUAUGUUUAACUAUUUUUUGCCGUUAUAGCUUUUUUACUGAUUGGAAUGAUUGUACACAGCUAGCUACAUAUCAAGUUACCCAAAACUGGCGAAUUUCUCCAAAUUAUUUCUAUUUUUUUGCUUGUCAUAAGAUUCGCACUCUAUUGAGGGAAUUGGGCAGUUUAUGGUUUCUUUGUUUGUGCCUGCCUGUACCUGUUUUAUAUGUAAACUAGUAUGUUUUAAGUAAGUAUGUAUGUUUGCUAUAAACUUCCAGGCUAAAAUUACAUAUCACAUUAAACUCUGUAUCCAAGAUGCAAUAUUCAAUUUGCAUUGAUAGUGUGUACUUGCUCUGAUAAUGUACAUUGUUUUACUAGCGGAAUUACCUAACCAUAAUUUUAAAUGAAUUAAUAACUAUACAAAAUCAUAAAAAUGCUCAUUGCAAUCGGUAAAAGUCAAAAUUAAAGACAACGUAAUAACAAACUAUUACUGUAUAUUAUAAAAUAUUUAAUUAUUGUUAUUAUGAUAUGAUACUUUUUUUGCAAUGUAUAAAGACAUUUUUUAGUUCUUAAAAGACCCGAACACGGUGUGAUGUUAUUAUGAUGCUGAUAUUUUGUCUGUCAUUGUAAUGGGGAAGAAAACUGCCUCUUAAUCCCGCCAGAGGCGCAGGUGUCGAAUAUCCCAUAACAACAAAUCGAGAUAGCGGUCAAAGUCACAAGAAAAAGUGACAAAUUCCGAUAGAGUUGGGCCUACACUCCAGGUGCAACAAAUGUCAAUUUUGACAUAAGUUUUGAAUACAUUUUAUGUCAUAAUUGAAACGUCAGGAUGAAAAGUUGCACUCAGAGCGAAGGUUUAGAACGCAGCCUUGGAAGUGAUAGGUUGCAUGUUAUGGGUCAAACGGCCGAAGCGCCAUCUGUAAUGAGCUUUGCGUUUUCUUCCCCAUUAAGCUACAACCCAUUAGAGUGUUAUGAAUAUACACACUCCGUAAAAAGCGACUUAAUAGCGGUUGUUAAAUUAGUACAAGUCGCGGCACAGUAGGUAAAUUAAAUAAGAGUAUGAACUGACCGUCAUUCGCAUGAGUCAUUUUUCCAGGAAAAAGAAAGCGAUGGUGCAGGGAAUAUUACUAACUAUUGGCCACAAAGAUUGCGUCGUCUGUUUCACACAUCUGUCCAGUUUCAUUUACAGUUGGAAAGGGACCGCUCAUUCCUUUCUUUACUCCUAUGGUGCACACGGGAAGUCACUGAAUCGAAACUUGUGCAUAGUCGCGGUCGUUGCCAACUUCACAACUUCCAUACAGGGCCGUAGCUAGGGGUGGGCAUUGUGGGGCAGUACCGUACCUUUUGAGGAGCUCGAUGGCGCAAGUUGUUAGCGCGUUCGGUUGCGAUCAUUGAAAUGAAGCAACUUUCGCAGUGGUCGGUCAUUGGAUGGGUCCCGGCUGUAACUGCAGUCGUUAGCACCCACCAAUCCGCACUGGGCCCGCGUGGUGAGUCAUGGCCCAAUCUCCCUAUUCCAUUCAUAGGGAAGGCCUGUGCCCCUGCAGUGGGAGUAUUAAUAGGUUGAUGAUGACCGUAACGAGGCGGCAGGCUGCGAAGGCCGACACGCCCCUGCUCAUGCCCUAUCUGUAAUUACCGCUGCCCUUCAACUCUGGUUAUGUACCUGCUUCCAUAAAUCAUGCAUCACACUAUUCUUCCAUUAAAAAAGAGGGUAACGACCACACUCACAGACGUCAAUUAAAAAUACUUAUCCAAGUGCUGUUGUUCUAUUGCUGUCCCAACGUAAGUACCAAAAUCAACUUUAAUUAAAAUUAAAAACAAGGGUUUUUAGUACCUCGUUUUGUAAAGUAUUUAGUGCCUUACACACUUGACAUUUUUAUUACUCAAUAACGACAGCGGCGUUUAUAGAAAGCUCCGUACAGACUAUGAAAUGUCACAAAAUUAUAUUUCUAUUAACAGUUUUGCUACAAUCUUGCCUUUUAUACAUAUAUACACACAAACGACAAUUAAAUCACGUAACAUUUAUUCGUUACACGUAGAACUAUUAAAUUAAUAAAUACGUCAAAGUAUACAAGUCUGAUUGGGUGCUACGCUAAAAUAGUUUUACAUAUGAUUUAAGUUAUUGAAUUGUAGGUAUCAUGAUAUAACAAUGUAAGUAGUUUUAGGAUAUAAACGAAAAUAUCAUAGGAAAGGAUACAUUUUUCUUAUAAGUAUUAUUGUAUUUCUGCAUUUAAAUCAAUCAAAUGAAAUUGUUAUAUUGUUAUGCAUCUAUGGGAUAUACAUCUUUUGGAUUUAAAGAUAUCUUACUUUCAAAUUAAAGUUUUUAUUUAUUUACUUACUAUUAUGAUAAAAUUAGACCUUUGAUUAUUUACUCUCUAGAUAGAGCGUCACCUUGUAAAUGCUGCGAUAAAAGAAAGCCAGGUUUUAUAUACUUGUGUUUUACACUCGCGAAAUGUCAUUCUUUGCGUCUCGGUGCGUAAGAUUAUUAAAAAAUUGAAACAAACCGUAAACUAAUGAAACUAAUUUUAAGAAUUUAACUAUCGAUAUGGUUUGGUUACAUUUUCAACCUUUUAUUUCAAAAAGUUUUAUAAGACUGAGUGACUAUGUUAGCCUACAGUGUUCACAAUGUAGCCCGUGUGGAGUUCAACUGUACUUACCUCCCACCCUAGAUAUCGUUAUCAGUAAUAUACGAACUAGGAUAGAACGGUAUGUUUUUACUGUCGCACUGGAGCUGAAGGGGGAGAUGGCACAAAUUAAACAUGAAAUUAUUUAUCCUUUUCAAAAUAUUUUCCCUGCUGCCUUAUACAUUUUAGAUCUUUCAAAUAACUUAUUUAUACAUUCGCAAAAAAAGAAGUCAUUUUGAUAAGCCUUCACUUGUUCCGUCAUCAGUAUCUUUUUAAUCGAAGCUCUCUCGAUUUUUGCAACUCCAUACUUACUUUUGAUUAUGCCAUACUUAUUUUUUUUGGGGAAUUUUGUAAUGAGACACUGACAUCACUUUGACAAUGUCAAGAUGGUGAUCAAGAUGAUCGUAUUUUUUUUAACUAAUAUGUUGUAAGUUACUUAUCGAUGUUAAGUGACUUUGUUGGUUGUUUGUUUUUAUGCGUCCUUUAUAAUUUCGGCAAAUUUUUAUCGUGCAAUUCGGCAUUUUCCAGCAAUAAUUUCAACACGAAACUCUGUAAUUGACGUGCGUAUCGUUAGGCGUUGCAUUGAACACUAAGUGAAGGAAAACGAAUUAAACCCCACCAAGGGCGGAUCCAGCUUUGGCGCCAGGAGGGGGGUGGGGGGGGGUCAUAUAGUCGUGGUCAAGUCACAGUGGGUACAGAUGGACCCAGCCCAAGGGGGGGGGGGGGUAAUGACCCCUACUCCCCUCCCCCUGGAUCCGCCCUUGAACCCCACCAGGUCGGAGAUAUUUUUUUCAACGCACAUCUACGCUGCCACUCUCUAUCUAAGACAUAAAUAAUCAAAGAAUUGUAAAAAAUAAGUUAAGAUAAAUUUAUGUAUAGGUAGAUAAAAAAAAGUCGAAAUUAAUAUUACCUUUAUUUAUAUUUGCAACUGUUUUUAAUUGAAAGCAACAAUGCUAUCUAUACAAUAAUGGUUAAUCAGAAGGUGUAGUCACACGUUGUUAGGUUCAUAGAGGAUACUCGAAUCUGCCGGCCCUUCGCCAUGAAAUGAUGCCCAUUGUCAAAAACCUUUUCAGCUAUAGCGUAAACAUGAAAACUUGUUGUUGAUAACAUUUAGUGUUAUGCGCAGUCAAGACUUCUUGUUUAAAUACCACGGGAUAGAUUAAAAGUUUCGUGUAAAUGAAUCGACCAUUAUUUUUUUGAACCGUCUUGCUCCAAGUUUACUUUGAACAGACAAGGAAAUAAAUUUGUCUUCUUUUAUCAUGUCGCUCUGAUUUGUUCUCUGCAAAUUGAACGCUAUAAUUUUUUUGACACAAUACCACCCCAAUUUUUUUAAUCUAUUCCUUGGUUACCAAAAGUUAUUAACUCAACCUUUAUUCAUAACAAUAAGAGCUAAGUAAUGCAAGCAGAAAGCAACCUGCGGGCAUUUAUCUACAACAUGUAGAUCGUACUUUCGCUUGCUUCAAAAAUGCCCGCACAGUUUGAUUCUAAAAAUGACCAAUGGUCGCUUUCUGCUUUCACAACCGUACUUUAACAUUGGCCUAAAAUAGUUAUUUUUGCUAGCUUCAAAAAUGCCCGCUGGUAGCUUUACUAUCGCCUAACAAACCAUCAUCAAAUGUAAAUUUUUGAUAACAAAACUUGACGAGUUAAGUUUGUGCAUUUAUAAUUUACAGUAGGUACAAGUUUUUUUUAAAUGAGUUAACUUUAGCUUCAUUAAAAGAAUAAAAAAAGAAAAUGUUUAGGUAUGUUUUAAAUCAUCCACAAUGUCUCUUAAACUUUGGAAAUAUCAUAUGCAAUAUAAGUACUUGCACAAAUUGAGAUUAAACAAAUACGUAAUGUCAUGUUUUUGUAUGCGUAGGUAAUUUUAAAUACUUGUAGGUAUUUUAAAUGUACAGAUGAUGUUGGCAAAAAGAAAUCUUAUUUUUAUUAGUCCAUGAUACCAAAUGAACUCUAAUCCACUAAUAUAUAAAUAUCUGAGUUGGACUCAUUUAAUCGCAUAAUAAUAAUAUACCUUUAAACAAAUAACCUUUUCUAAAGAAAAGAAAUCAAAUCAUUAAAUAAUGCAAAAUUUUGGCAUCGACCAUACUGUUCCCACGUCCCAGUUUUCCUAUAUGAUCUAUACUCAGACCAAAUAAAAAGUAAAGACGGAGUCUGCCGAACAAAAAAGUGAAGCCGGUUUUGUAUGUAUGUAGUGCAUUAGCCAGUGUUACAAUAGUCAUUUAUAAUACCCCAAUAUUAGAAAAAACUAUCGUAGGCUUAUUCUCUAAACUAGUCCAGAUUAGUUUUACACUAGCCCUAGAUCCAACCUCUCGUGAGCCAAAGGUCCUGCGCUUGGAGAUCUGGGAUUCCUGUGAUUUAUAAGUUUAAUAACUGUUACACUAAUAAAAGUUUAGUUAAAAAAUAUAUAAUAAAAACAAAGCUUAACCUUCGGAGUUUUUGGUGGGAUUUCAUGGAGUGCGGUUAGCGUCAUAUUUUAAUUAUUCUUUAAUUCGUUCAUAGCGGAUAUUGUGAAAUAAAAUUGGUGUAAUUUUGUGUUUCAACCGUCUGCACGACUGAAGAAUUAUUGAAAUCUUAAAAUAUAAAUUAACCUAAGUAACUAUAUUAAGUUCAGUAAAAAAAAAUACCCUUGGAUAUGCAUUUUAUUUUACACGACGUAACCCUUUUGUUGUGUAGUACAAAUCGUCGCUCUGAAAAUGAGACGAACAAACCACGCUGCGGGAAGCUGGUUGCCACACUGGUUCAUUUCUACUCUUGACUGCAA